CAUACUUUUCAUCUCUUAUCAUCUCGGCGGUUAUCUUUGUUAUCAUUCUGCUUCACUCUUGUCACCGCACAUGUAUGAUGUGGUCAAGCUUAUGAAUAUUUUAUAAUUUUCCUUAUUGAUUUUGAAAGUAUUCAGAAUGCGGGACAAAUUUUCUUUUAGUUCAGGAGUUGCGGAUGUUAAUGAAGCGCUGCCGAAAUUUGUUGAGCACGAUGUCAACACGAUGAAAGAAGAUAAAAUUAAGAGGUCUACGGAGCAAUUAGAUACUGAAAUAAUAUCAUCAAAGACAUUGUGCGGAUGGUUCAAAUUUCGGCCCAAAUAUUUACAAAAAUUUCGGACCGCCAAAUGGGCAUUGUUUUGGCUUUGUUGGGCUGGUGCUAUGCAAGGGAUGGUAGUAAAUGGUUUCAUAAACGUGGUUAUCACGACAAUUGAAAAGAGAUUUGGAUUAAAUUCUUCAGAGACCGGUCUGAUAGCCGGAGGAUACGACAUCGCAAGUUUUGUUUUCUUAAUACCCGUCAGCUAUCUCGGCGGUCGUUCAAAAGCGUCAAAGCCCAAAUACAUCGGCGUGGGAGUUCUGGUCCUGGGUAUCGGGAGUCUGCUCUUCGCUUCCCCGCAUUAUCUCGCCCGAGCCAACCAGCAAGGAGGUCAAAGGUCUUCGCUGUCGUGUCAUCGUGGUACCAGCACCAACACCACCAGCUUUACUAACACCAACGAGACUUCACUGUCGCCAAAGUGCGACGAGCAGCUAGAUGACACCGUAGACGUUGGACCAUUCAGCGGAUUCUACCUCAUGAUAUUUUUCAUCGCCCAAUUGCUACACGGGGCGGGCGCUGCGCCCUUUUACACCCUCGGGGUCACUUACCUCGACGAGAAUGUUUCGAAAAAAAUGUCUUCCGUUUAUUUAGGAAUUUAUUACACGAUGGCAGUAAUCGGGCCUGCCUUGGGAUACGUCAUAGGUGGGGAGUUACUCAAACUUUACACAGAUUUCCUGACAACUGAUCCUGGAACAAUUGGUAUGACUCCAGACAGCAAUGUAUGGAUUGGUGCCUGGUGGAUUGGAUUUGUUGCAGCAACUAUUGUCUGUAUCAUUGUCGCUAUUCCAAUAAUUGCGUUUCCUGCAUCACUUCCAGGCGCUGAAGAGUUGGCCAAAGAAAAAGUAUCAGAAGCCCACGAAAAAUCCCCAUCAGCGGGAGGAACAUCAACGGAAGCGUUUUCCAGAAUACGAGAAUUACCUCGAGCUCUAACAGAAUUACUUGGCAACCCGGCGUUUUUUAUGCUCAAUUUAGCGGGAGCUAGUGAAGGGCUCUUGAUAGCCGGGUUUGCGGCAUUUCUUCCUAAACUUAUUGAGAAUCAGUUUAGCGUGACUGCCAGUUCAGCUGCACUGCUAAUGGGACUGGUGACUGUUCCCGCGGGAGGAGGGGGAACUUUUCUCGGCGGGUAUUUGAUAAAGCGAUGGAAUUUGCCCUGCUCGGGUAUUCUAAAGUUCUGCAUUUUUUCAACAGCCGCUUGCAUUAUUUUCACUCUUUGUUUUGGGCUCGGCUGUCCCAAUUUGGACUUUGCUGGACUUACUGUCCCCUAUUCGGACUCUGAUCAAAAAGUUCUUGCAUUAGACGACAAAUGCAACAGCGGAUGCGGCUGCACGACAAAUAAAUUCAGCCCAAUCUGUGGAGUCAAUGGCGUCACUUACUACUCACCCUGUUACGCAGGAUGUGACCGUGAAAUUCAAACCGGGGAUGUGAAGGUUUACCAAAACUGCUCGUGCAUCAGCAGUCAGUCGAACUGGACAACGGCGAGCGGUGAUACCAUUUUGUAUGAAGCUGUGAACACAACCUGCACGAGCGGCUGCAAGUACUUGUGGUUAUUUAUAUGCCUGGCGUUCUGCAAUAUGCUGAUGACCUUCUUGUGUACGAUGCCGGCUCUGGCCGCGACUUUGAGAGUCGUUAGAGACGAGCAGAGAUCCUUUGCUUUGGGGGUCCAGUGGAUAAAAGUCAGGAUACUGGGUACGAUUCCAGCUCCGAUGAUUUUUGGCGCUCUGAUUGAUGACACGUGUAUUUUGUGGCAUGAAACCUGCGAGGGUCAGGGCGCUUGCUUGGUUUAUGAUAAUUAUUGGAUGAGCUGGUACAUGUUAGCUUUGGCUUUCAUCGGUAAGACAGCUUCCCUACUGUUCUUCUUUCUCGCCUGGUGGUGUUACGUUCCCCCAGGUAGCAGGAAGAUAAUACCCGAGCCAGGACAGCCCAUAGCAACAAUUUUACCCAGCGAUGGACCAAAUAGUCACAAUUCCGAGAAUUGAACGGACCAAAUUUCCCAACUGUUUGAUAUAAGUCUCAAGAUGUAUAAAAAGUGGAAAAACCUCUUCUGUAUUAUUUUAUUUAAUUUAAUUUAACUUUUGUUAUAAAUUUUGGCUCGAAACACUGCCGUGACUGAAAAUUUGUUUUUUUCCAUAAAUUUUAUUUUUACAUUUUUAAAGUAAAUUAUUAUAUCAUCUACUAGGAUUAAUUAAUAUAAAAUUAAUGGAUGUUGAGUAUUUAUUGUAUUGAUAUUUUUAAUAUUUUUA